AUGGAAGAAGAUGAAGCUGAUUAUGUCAUCGAAAAAUUUCUCAGCAAUUUAGACUCGGACUUGGGAGUGAAGUUGUGCAACAAGCGAGGCCACACCAAAAAGAAUCGUUGGAAUUAUAAGAAGAUAAUAGAUCAGUCAAAUGAAGAGGAGGAUUUGGUUGAAGAGAAAGAUGCUAUAGCAAAUGGUUUGAGCAACCAUGAAUUCGUUGGCAAAGAAAAAGAAAUUAGUAUCGAGAGUAAAAGGGAGGUUGAAAGUUGUAGGAAGAAGCCCAGAGUGGUUGUGGACGGGCAGGUGAAGUGUCGCAAGGAGUGGGAGGCCUAUGAUGUGAGCCUCUACAAUGGCGACCUCCACGAGGGCAGUUGUUUUUUCGUCAAAUGUUGUGAGGAUGAGGGUUUGGCAGCCACGAGGAGUGCUGGUAAUGUUGCUUCUGUACUUGAAGAAAGUGGAGGCAGAGGUCUUGAUGGUCAAGGCUCCCCACAUACAGGUUAUGAUGUCAAUUUACCUCCUGGACUAGAUUAUAGCUCUGAAAAAGAGCCUAUUGGUAUUUCUUCUUGGGAUGCAAGGAAUGUGAAGUAUUGCGAGGAUUCUGAAUUUGAACAGUUGGAAGAAAAUUUGAUGACAGAAAAGGUAGAGGGAUCUGUCGGUUCAUUGCAGCUGUUGGUCUCAAUGUCAAGAGACAGAAAGGGACUCUCGUGCGUGGAGAAGAGCUUAGGUCCCCCAAGGAAUUCCUUAGACAGCAAUGGUCGAUUUGCAUCAACGGUGGCAGAGGUAGAGGUUUGGCGACACUUCAAAGAGAUGGGAUAUUUGGACCAUGAGUCACUCGAGAGAACAAAGCGGGCAACUUUUCUUAUUAACAAACUUGAUGACAAGCUAUUUGUGCAGUGUGAGAAGUGUAUGGAGUGGUCGGAGGCCAUGGGCAGACAUUAUCCCAUAAAACCUUUUUUGUCUAGCAGCAGUUAUGGAGAGAACAUUGCAAAUUUAUACCAUCGUUUGAUGAUUUUGACCAGUAGUUUCCUUGGUGGCACAGAAGGGAGCAUUGAAGAAAUGUUCGAUUGCAUUCUUGAGAAGGAACGUGUUGAUGAUCAAUCAACAGUAUUAUUGAUUAUGGCUGGGGGUAAAUUUGAGCACAAGAAAGUAGAGACUCGGGACGAUUCUGAGGCUUCAACAACGCCGACUGUGGAAGAUGAUGGUAGUGUUAUUUUGACGAAGAAACCUCCGUUGUAUGUAAUGGAUCAGGUGAAAAUAGAUCCAAUAAAUAAGAUCGUUGUCCUUAGCAUCGAGGUACAGUUUGUGGUGGGAACAAAGUGUAGAACAGUAUUUGCUAUGCAUGUUGUGCUGGAUAGUCUGAUACAAGAGUUUCAGCAAGCAAGAACGGUAUAUGAUUACAAGAAGGCGACAAAUAGUGAACAAGUGCAACGACUGCAGUUUAUGGAGAAAGUGACCAAUGGAGUGGAAUUGGAGGAGCUUAUCGAAGGAGAUUCGGGGUGCCUGCUUGAAGAAACAAAUAUUACUCGGCUAUGUGAGAAUUAUACCAUAGUCACAGUGAAUGGACAGCUUCCGGGUCCAACUCUGUAUGUCCGAAAUGGGGACACACUUAAUGUUACAGUUUAUAACAAAGCCAAGCACAACGCCACCAUCCACUGGCAUGGAGUGAGACAGAUUCGCACCGCGUGGGCUGAUGGACCUGGGUAUAUUACGCAGUGCCCCAUCCAACCAGGGGGGAAAUUUACGUACACUUUCACCAUUAUUGAUCAGGAAGGAACGUUAUGGUGGCAUGCCCAUGUGUCAUGGCUACGUGCAACAGUUCAUGGAGCUAUGGUUAUCUAUCCAAAGAGGGGAAGCCCUUAUCCGUUUACCCACCCACAUGCUGAGUUUCCUAUAGUACUAGGAGAGUGGUGGAACAGUGAUCCCAUCGAAGUCGAAGAGGAAGCAAAACUGAGUGGAGGUGCACCGAAUGUUUCAGACGCUUUCACUAUAAAUGGACAGCCGGGAGACCUCUAUAACUGCUCAAGCUCAGAAACAACAAAGUUCUCUGUACGGAAGGGAAAAACCUAUCUUCUUCGCAUCGUCAAUGCUGCAGUCAAUAAUCACCUCUUUUUCAAGAUCACGCCACACAAUGUGACAGUGGUAGCCGUGGAUGCCUCCUACACAAAGCCAUAUACAACAGACAUUCUGGUUUUAUCAUCUGGUCAGACUGCAGACGUUCUUCUCACAGCCAAUCAAGCCAAAGCCAAAUACUAUAUGGCAGCCAAAUUAUACACCACUCAAUCUUUAGCAAAUAUUGAUAACACCACAACAACCGCCAUUCUAAGCUACAGGGGUUCUAAUUCAUCUGCCACUCCAAUCCUUCCAGACCUUCCAGAAUACAACGACACUGCAACUGUGACCAACUUUAGCCGAGCCUUAAAAAGCUUGGCUUCACAGGAGCAUCCGGUGGACGUUCCCCAAACCAUAGAUGACAGUAGCCUGAUAACCGUAGGACUCGGUUUAAUUCCUUGUGAAACAAGUGGUAACUGUAGCGGCCCUAACAAUACCAGAUUGAGUGCCAGUAUGAACAAUAUAUCUUUUGUGCUGCCAGAUAUCGCCGUUCUGCAAGCUUAUUACUUUAACAUAUCAGAUGUCUAUACCACCGACUUUCCUUCCAAUCCACCCAUUGAGUAUAAUUAUAACGGCGAUGUAGACAAAACUCUGUGGGCUCUGAUUUCUGGAACAAGGGUGAAAGUGAUUGAAUAUAAUGCCACAGUUCAGAUUGUGUUCCAGGCAACGAAUAUCUUCCAAGCAGACAACCAUCCAAUGCAUAUUCAUGGUUAUGACUUUUAUGUGGUAGGAGAGGGUUUUGCUAAUUAUGAUAAUGAAACAGAUCCGAGUUCUUUCAAUCUGGUCGAUCCGCCUCAACGAAAUACUGUAGGGGUUCCUGUCAAUGGAUGGAGUGCUAUCAGAUUCAAAGCUAACAAUCCAGGUGUUUGGUUCGUACAUUGUCACUUUGAUGAUCAUGUAACAUGGGGGCUCAGCAUGGUGUUUCUAGUGAAGAACGGUCCCAGUGAGUCCGAAAGUUUGAAGGCACCUCCUAAUAACCUCCCGGAAUGCUAGAGCAAAUUAUAGUAUCAGAAAUUUAAUUUUGGUGUUGGUCACCAUAGUAUAUGGAUUUUCUUUAGAGAUGAUGUGUUGGGACAUUAUGUAUUUGUUUCUCUUCUGUAUAUCCGAAUUGAAUUGGUCCAUCCUUACGAUUUAGUGGGUGAUGCUUGGUAUU